AUGUUUCUUAGGAAGAAUCUUUUAACUACAAACAGAAUAUUUUCAUUCCAAAUUAGACAGUAUUCAAGAAAUAGACUUGAAGAAAUCGAAAGAUUAAGAGAAGGGUACGGUUCAUCACGUAAUAUUGAGGAAAACGAUUUAUCAAAAAAUAUUAUGGAAAGAAUUAAAAAUCAGAGAAGAUUAGCACCAUCGAUUCAUGACUCUGAAUUUUAUUCGGCAAGUAAGGAUAAUGAGGAAAAUGAAAAUGAAAACGAUGAUGAUUUAUAUGUACCAAUGGAUCAAACUAUGAAAAUAAAUGGUAGAGGUACCCCAAAAAGAAUUAAAAAAAGUGAUAUUGAAAUCGUUUCAAUGAAAGAUUAUUAG